GGAUCCAUUUUUAUGAGUUCAAAGAUAAUUACUUUUCAGACUAAGAAUAUUUAGGGAAAAAAGUACUGUUCAACAUCUCUACUGAGGAUCUUAUGAUGUAGCACAGGGUAUAAGCUGGAGCUAAAGGAAACUUUCCUUAAAGUGCUAUUUACUAAAAAUUGGAACACAUUCCUUAGGACAAAUCAAAGUAUGGCACACAACAUCCAAACUUCCAUCAUAGGUACAGAGGUGUGACCAUCUCCUACUCCCAAAUUUCUUUGUCACGCUGAGGAUUACUCAAGAGAAUCAGGACAUGUUGGUUGCAGCAGGAGAAACUUGAAAGCAUUCACUUUGAUGGAACGCAUAAGGGAGAAAAUCUCUUAAAGUAUUUAGAAUCGUCUUUGAUACAUUUAUUAUUUUAAAAGAUAAUGUAGUCAAAUAUCUUCCUGUGUUAAAUAUUUACAAAACUGAAAUCUUAAAAUGGUGACAAAAACUCUACUUCUGAUAGAAUCUAUUCGUUUUUCCAAUUAGAUAGGGCAUAAUUCUUAAUUUGCAAAACAAAAUGGAAUAUGCUUAUGAGGUUCCAUCCCAAAGAACCUGCUAUUGAGAGUAGCAUUCAGAAUAAUGGGUGGAAAUGCCAAUUCCAGAGUUUCAGAUUCUACCCCUAAUUGGGGUAGGGAGGGGCUUUGGGCGGGGCCUCCCUAGAAGAGGAGGCGUUGUUAGAAAGCUGUCUGGCCAGUACACAGCUGUCACUAAUCGGGGUAAGCCUUGUUGUAUUUGCGCGUGUGGGUGGCAUUCCCAAUGAGAACUAGCUUCACUUGUCAUUUGAGCGAAAUCUACAACCCGAGGCGGCUAGUGCUCCCGCACUGCUGGGAACUGAGAUCUUCGGGGAUGACUGUCGCCCGCAGUAGGGAGCCAGCAGAAGCCCGACCCUUCCUGGGAAUGGGCUGUACCGAGAGGUCCGACUAGCCCCAGGGUUUUAGUGAGAGGGGCAGUGGAACUCAGCGAGGGAUUGAGAGCUUCACAGCAUGCACGAGUUUGAUGCCAGAGAAAAAGUGGGGAGAUAAAGGGGCCGCAUGUCACUGAAUUGCUGUCGCCGUCGCAGUCACUCAGGUGCCGGACUUGUGAGUACUCUGCGUCUCCAGUCCUCGGACAGAAGUCGGAGAACUCUCGGAAAACUCUCCGAGUUAGGAGACGAGAUCCCUACAAUUACUACUUUUUCUUGCGCUCCCCACUUGCCGCUCGCUGGGACAAACGACAGCCACCGUUCCCCUGACGACAGGAUGGAGGCCAAGGGCAGGAGCUGACCAGCGCCGCCCUCCCCCGCCCCCCGACCCAGGAGGUGGAGAUCCCUCCGGUCCAGCCACAUUCAACACACUUUCUCCUCCCUCUGCCCCUACAUUCCCGAAACCCCCUCCUCCUUCCCUUUUCCCUCCUCCCUGGAGACGGGGGAGGAGAAAAGGAGAGUCCAGGUCGUCAUGACUGAGCUGAAGGCAAAGGGUCCCCGGGCUCCCCACGUGGCGGGCGGCCCGCCCUCCCCCGAGGUAGGAUCCCCACUGCUGUGUCGCCCAGCCGCAGGCCCGUUCCAGGGGAGCCAGACCUCGGACACCUUGCCUGAAGUUUCGGCCAUACCUAUCUCCCUGGACGGGCUACUCUUCCCUCGGCUCUGCCAGGGACAGGAUCCCCCAGACGAAAAGACGCAGGACCAGCAGUCGCUGUCCGACGUGGAGGGAGCAUAUUCCAGAGCUGAAGCUACAAGGGGUACUGGAGGCAGCAGUUCUAGACCCCCCGAAAAGGACAGCGGACUGCUGGACAGUGUCUUGGACACUCUGUUGGCGCCCUCAGGUCCCGGGCAGAGCCAACCCAGCCCUCCCGCCUGCGAGGUCACCAGCUCUUGGUGCCUGUUUGGCCCGGAACUUCCUGAAGACCCACCAGCUGCCCCUGCCACCCAGAGGGUGUUGGUGUUGUCUCCGCUCAUGAGCCGGUCCGGGGACAAGACUGAAGACAGCUCCGGGACGGCAGCUGCCCAUAAGGUGCUGCCCCGGGGCCUGUCACCAUCCCGGCAGCUGCUGCUCCCGGCCUCUGGGAGCCCUCAUUGGUCCGGGGCCCCAGUGAAGCCGUCUCCGCAGCCCACUGCGGUGGAGGUUGAGGAGGAGGAUGGCUCCGAGUCCGAGGACUCUGCGGGUCCGCUUCUGAAGGGCAAACCUCGGGUUCUGGGUGGCGCGGCGGCUGGAGGAGGAGCCGCGGGUGUCCCCCCAGGGGCGGCCGCAGGAGGCGUCGGCCUGGUCCCCAAGGAAGAUUCCCGCUUCUCAGCGCCCAGGGUCGCUCUGGUGGAGCAGGACGCGCCCAUGGCGCCCGGGCGCUCCCCGCUGGCCACCACGAUGAUGGAUUUCAUCCACGUGCCCAUCGUGCCUCUCAAUCACGCCUUAUUGGCAGCCCGCACUCGGCAGUUGCUGGAAGACGAGAGCUACGACGGCGGCGCCGGAGCCGCCAGCGCCUUUGCCCCGCCGCAGAGUUCACCCUCUGCCUCAUCCACUCCAGUCGCUGUCGGCGACUUCCCCGACUGCGCGUACCCGCCCGACGCCGAGCCCAAGGACAACGCGUACCCUCUCUAUGGCGACUUCCAGCCGCCCACUCUAAAGAUCAAGGAGGAGGAGGAAGGCGCGGAGGCCUCCGCGCGCUCCCGGGGUUCCUACCUGGUGGCCGGUGCCAACCCCGCCGCCUUCCCGGAUUUCCCGCUGGGGCCACCGCCCCAGCUGCCGCUGCGAGCGCCCCCAUCCAGACCUGGGGAAGCGGCAGUGACGGCCGCACCAGCCAGUGCCUCAGUCUCGUCCGCGUCUUCCCCGGGGUCGACCCUGGAGUGCAUCCUGUACAAAGCGGAGGGCGCGCCGCCCCAGCAGGGCCAGUUCGCGCCGCCGCCCUGCAAGGUGCCGGGCGCGGGCGGCUGCCUGCUCCCGCGGGAUGGCCUGCCCUCCACCUCCGCCUCUGCCGCCGCCGCCGCCGCCGGGGCGGCCCCCGCGCUCUACCCUGCACUCGGCCUCAACGGGCUCCCGCAGCUCGGCUACCAGGCAGCCGUGCUCAAGGAGGGCCUGCAGCAGGUCUACCCGCCCUAUCUCAACUACCUGAGGCCGGAUUCAGAAGCCAGCCAGAGCCCCCAAUACAGCUUCGAGUCAUUACCUCAGAAGAUUUGUUUAAUCUGUGGGGAUGAAGCAUCAGGCUGUCAUUAUGGUGUCCUUACCUGUGGGAGCUGUAAGGUCUUCUUUAAAAGGGCAAUGGAAGGGCAGCAUAACUACUUAUGUGCUGGAAGAAAUGACUGCAUCGUUGAUAAAAUCCGCAGAAAAAACUGCCCAGCAUGUCGCCUUAGAAAGUGCUGUCAGGCUGGCAUGGUCCUUGGAGGUCGAAAAUUUAAAAAGUUCAAUAAAGUCAGAGUUAUGAGAGCACUAGAUGCUGUUGCUCUCCCACAACCAGUGGGCAUUCCAAAUGAAAGCCAAGUCCUAAGCCAGAGAUUCACUUUUUCACCAGGUCAAGACAUACAGUUGAUUCCACCACUGAUCAAACUGUUAAUGAGCAUUGAACCAGAUGUGAUCUAUGCAGGACAUGACAACUCAAAACCUGACACCUCCAGUUCUUUGCUGACAAGUCUUAAUCAACUAGGCGAGAGGCAACUUCUUUCAGUAGUCAAGUGGUCUAAAUCAUUGCCAGGUUUUCGAAACUUACAUAUUGAUGACCAGAUAACUCUCAUUCAAUAUUCUUGGAUGAGCUUAAUGGUGUUUGGUCUAGGAUGGAGAUCCUACAAACACGUCAGUGGGCAGAUGCUGUAUUUUGCACCUGAUCUAAUACUAAAUGAACAGCGGAUGAAAGAAUCAUCAUUCUAUUCAUUAUGCCUUACCAUGUGGCAGAUCCCACAGGAGUUUGUCAAGCUUCAAGUUAGCCAAGAAGAGUUCCUCUGUAUGAAAGUAUUGUUACUUCUUAAUACAAUUCCUUUGGAAGGACUACGAAGUCAAACCCAGUUUGAGGAGAUGAGGUCAAGCUACAUUAGAGAGCUCAUCAAGGCAAUUGGUUUGAGGCAAAAAGGAGUUGUGCCUAGCUCACAGCGUUUCUAUCAACUUACAAAACUUCUUGAUAACUUGCAUGAUCUUGUCAAACAACUUCAUCUGUACUGCUUGAAUACAUUUAUCCAGUCCCGGGCACUGAGUGUUGAAUUUCCAGAAAUGAUGUCUGAAGUUAUUGCUGCACAAUUACCCAAGAUAUUGGCAGGGAUGGUGAAACCCCUUCUCUUUCAUAAAAAGUGAAUGUCAUCUUUUUCUUUUAAAGAAUUAAAUUCUGUGGUAUGUCUUUUUGUUUUGGUCAGGAUUAUGAGGUCUUGAAUUUUUAUAAUGUUCUUCUGAAAGCCUUACAUUUAUAACGUAUCAUAGUGUGCAAAUUUAAGAGAAAAAUUGUGAGGUUCUAAUUAUUUUCCUUUACAAAGUAUAAUUAGAAUGCUUAACUGUUUUGUGUACCCAUAUUUUCUUGAAGAAUUUACAAGACUGAAAAAGUCUUGUAAUUGUUACUAAAAUUGUUAAACUAUAUCUUAUCCAUACUAUUUCAUACCAUGUAGGUGAGAAUUUUUAACUUUUGCAUCUAACAAAUCAUCUACUUAAGAGAAAAAAAAUCUUACAUGUAAUAAUACAAAGCUAUUGUAUAAGUUAUUUCUAGGUAACUCCCUUUGUCUCAAUUAUAUUUCCAAAAAUGAACAUUUAAAAUGUUAUGCAAAAUUUUGUCUAUAUAUAUUUGUGUGAGGAUGAAAUUCAUAACUUUCAUCAGAUUUUCAACAGUAUUUUUAAUGCAAAAAAUGUAGAAAGAGUUUAAAACCACUAAAAUAGAUUGAUGUUCUUCAAACUAGGCAAAACAACUCAUAUGUUAAGACCAUUUUCCAGAUUGGAAAAACAAAUCUCUUAGGAAGUUAAUAAGUAGAUUCAUAUCAUUAUACAAAUAGUAUUGUGGGUUUUGUAGGUUUUUAAAAUAACCUUUUUUGGGGAGAGAAUUGUCCUCUAAUGAGGUAUUACAAGAGG